AUGAAGCAAUUCAGAAAAACCCACAAAUCUCCUCCAAAACGAAAUACAAAACUACCGAAAUAUGUUCCAUUGACAUCUCAAAGUCUGGAUUUUGAGUCGUCAGAAGAUUUGGAACACGAUGAAGACUAUCCAUCAAAAUUUUCGCCCACAACUCAACUAGGGAUCUCAACUCGGGAUUUAAUCCCGGUGAAGCUGAAUCCCAUCGGGACUCUCGGUGCUGGUAGACUUGAUCCCUUCUCGAGUUUGCCUAUGGAUGAGCCAAACCUUUACUCGCAGGAAUUGAUGGACCACGCUGUCACUUACCUAUUACCCGGGCUUAUACCUGAUAAGGCACCGCCUAGCGAAUCCAACCCUCUAUCAAAAGAAUAUUUUUCAUUCGGCCUACGAACUCCUAUAGUAUUCCAUUCAUUGGUCUACUCAGGCUCUAACCACCUCGACUUCCUCCGCUCGUCUAACAUUUUCCCUAACGCUCCAACGCCUCUUGCCCACAAAAUUGUCGUUAUCCAAAAGCUGAAGGAGGCUCUAUCCGAUCCUAGCCAAGCUUUACGAGACGAAACCAUCCUCGCGAUCUUAGUCCUCGCUACUCAAGAAGUCUUUAUGAGCCAGGGAAAUAGGAACCCUUUCAACUCUCCCCUUCCAAAGCUUGGGUGGUUGAACAUAUAUGGGAAUUUCAGACUUGUUCCACGACACAUUAAGGCAAUCGCAGAUAUCGUCGCAUUGAGAGGUGGACUUGAAAACAUCCAACUGUAUAAAUUGGCAGAGAUUAUUGUCGCGGGGGAUGUUACUAUGACGACCAAUACUCUCGGGAAGCCAGAUUUCCCUGCGCUUAGAAUCCACACAGCCUCUAUCGCUGCUCUUAGAGCCUGGGCAAUAUGUCCUCCUCGUCCGCUUGUUCAGACACAGGCUACAGCUUUCUGGAGACUUCGAGACUACGGAAUAACAGACUCUAUGCUUCAAGUCUUGGAUUCAAUGGGUGCUUACACCCUUGCGAUUACCUAUUACUUUCAAGGCAAGCCGUUUAGUCUGGGGCUCGGAGAGAUAAAUAGAACGCGACUGGCGGUUCAGCAUAGGCUAGUAUUACUACCAGCUUCGGAAGAACUCAGCUUUAUACCUUCAUCGAAACCCAAUAUUUAUGAGUGCUGCCGUUUAGCAGCACUAGUCUUCGGCGUGGCUGUGGUCUAUCCAAUCCCAAAUCCUCACAAUGUGUUGCUUGAGUUAGUUCGGCGUCUCAAAACAGCGAUUGAGUGUUUGGAUGUUGGAACUUUCGGAACCAAUUUGUCUGGAGUGCUGUUAUGGAUGCUGGUACUAGGAGGGAUAGCUGCCUCGGACAAGCCGGAAAGACCUUGGUUUGUUUCCCAAUUGGCUUUGAUUGUUCGGAGGCUGGAUAUAACUGAAUGGGGCAGUAUCGAGGAUACCUUGGAAUCUUUUUUGUGGCUUGAAAGUGCUUGUGGUCAAGGGGGACGAGAGUUGUGGGAUGAAGCGGGCUGCGUCUUAUAG